AUGUCCAACAUAACAAUAGACCCAUCCAUCCUCUCAACAGCCACCAACAAAACAGUCCUAAUAACCGGCGCAGCGCGCGGCAUAGGCGCCGCAACAGCGAAACAAUUCAAUGCCCACGGCGCUAAUGUCGUUCUAGCAGACCUAGCGCAAUUCCGCUCGAUAGCGGAACAAUUCAUUCAACAUGACCUGGCCGAUCCCAGUCGAGCGACUUUUGUGGAAGGCAAUAUCGUCGACUGGGAUGAGUUGAGAAAUUGUUUUAAGAAGACCGUGGAAAGAUUUGGUGGGAUUGAUAUCGUUGUUGCUAACGCGGGGAUUAUGGAGUCGAGAUCGGUGUUGGAUUUCGAGGUUGAUGACGAUGGGGAGUUGAAGGAGGAUGUUGAAGCGAAGAGAGUUUUUGAUGUUAAUCUGAGGGGGACUUUGAAUACACUUCGACUCGCACUCUUCUAUUUAUCCCAGUCUCCCUCGCCGCCGUCAUCCAAAUCGAUCAUCCUGGUAGGGUCCUCAUCAAGCUAUUUUGGCGGAACCGGAGUCGCUGCGUACGUUGCUUCGAAACACGGUGUUUUAGGACUCCUUCGUGCAGGGCAGGGCAAGGGUCGUGAAUUGGGAAUUCGAAUUAAUGGGAUUGCGCCGUUCCUGACGCCGACGCAUAUCACGGCGGGAUUUACGGAGAGAUGGCGCGAACGUGGACUAGAGGAGAAUACGCCUGAGCGGGUGGCUGAGGCUAUUGCUUUUGUUGCGUUAGAUGAGGGGAGGAAUGGGGAUUGUUUAUUGGUUAGUAAAUUCUGCUUCUCUCCUGGUCAACUAAGCUUUAAUGUGCUUGAAUAUCGCGUUGAGCUGGUUGCUGGCAAGUUUCUGCGAGAACUGGAAUCGUCGCGUGCGAAGCUUAUCCCUACCUGGCUUGGCGAGGAUGUGGCGCAGUUCUUAUCUACUGCUAUGCAGUUCUUUGUUAGUAUUGGUGGGUAUGUACUGCCCAAGAAGUACUGA